GUUUUAUCUUUCACGUUCAUUUAGGGUUUGAAGAGCGAUGGGGACGAGUGGGAUGUAUCCAUUCUACGUCGGUGUCUAUGAGGUGGUGGAUGAUCCAUCAGUAGAUUCAGUAAUCUCAUGGAGCAAAAGCAACAAGAGUUUUGUGAUCUGGGACCCGGAAGAGCUAUUCGAGAAAAAGAUUCUUUCGAGUUUCUUUCGCGGCAAUUUGUCGAAUUUUAUCAACGCCCUUGACACAUACGGUUUUGUAAGAAUUGAGGGCUCUGAGCGCUUGGAAUUCGGACACAAGCAGUACUUUGUGAGAGGCAAACCUGAGCUGUUGAAGAAGAUGCGUGCCCAAGCUGCCAUGGAUAGGUUCAAGAAAAGUCCCAAACCAUGCUUUGUGAUGGAAAAAAGGGUAUUAAAUGGCAAAGAUUUAAUUGUUAGGUUCGACCAAAUCUUUGGAUCAUCAACCAAAGCUAAGACGCCUCCACUGGAGAAUAGCUUCCAACAUCUACAAAUCAAGGAAUGAAUAUCACUAAAAAAAACUUUGUUAUGGAGUUUGUUCUGGUUUUAAGUUACUAUCUAGACUUUUUUUGCUUGCUAAAAUAAAUUGGGGUUGCUUGUGUUGUAAUCUAUUCCUGUUCUGAUUAAUGUUCAUCAAACCUUGCUAGAAUGUCUACAUUAGUAGCCUUACAAGUAGCAUCUUCGCAGCCUUCUCAAUUGUGUUUUUUUUUUUCUAUGGUCUUGAUCCAUAUUGUGAUGCAUGCUUUCUGGUGUCACCUGUUAACAA